AUGCCGGUCACUUUUUUGUGGAGACCACCAAUUAAUGGCAUGAACUUUAUUGCCGCCAAAGAAGGAGAUCGGUGGAAACACGCUCGCAAAUCCACUUCGGCCGCCUUUUCCAGCGAAAACAUGAAAGCCAUGGUGGAUGUGGUGCACACCGUCAUGAACAAGUGGAUUCAAGACCAACUCAGUAGCGACGACAGUAGUGUGGACAUUGACAUUCUCUCGGAAAUGAACAAGAUCACUUCCAAUGUCAUUUGCGAAGCGGCAUUUGAUUAUGACUUGAAAGAUGACGAACGAGAAACUAUAUUGGACUGUCUACAGAUCUGUUGGAGAGAAUUUGGGCAAAAAGCCAUGACGAAUCCAUGGAGAAAGCACCAUGUCACCAAAUGGGCAUUUCCGGGCAUCCGACAAGGCCAUCGAGCCGCCCAACAGCUUCAUGCCCAUUGUACCAAAAUGCUACACGAAUAUCGCACUCGCAUCCACACAAAUCCGCAACCGCACAAAAUCAUUCACAUGAUUCACAACGAUACCGCCUAUGAGAAUGACGACGAACGAGUCUGUGAUAUGGUCGCUUACUGCAUUGCUGGAUUCGAUACCACCGCCAAUACUCUAGCCUUUGGUUUUCGAGAGCUGGCCCUGAAUCAAAGUGAGCAAACCAAGCUGAGAGAAACUCUGCAGCAGUGCCAUACACCGGAAGAAGCGCGGGUGGCCGUCAAACAUGUCGCCAAAGAGAUGAUGAGACUGUACCCAGCCGCUGCCACGGGAUCCGUACGAGUGUUGGGAGAAGACAUGAAAGUACCGGGUAGUGCGAGUAGACUUAUCCCCAAGGGAUCCAUUGUCCUGAUUCCAAUUUAUGCGGUCCAACGGAAUCCACAAGUCUUUGGCAGCAACGCCAAUGACUUUGUUCCGGAGCGAUGGGAGAACCCGAGUCCCGAGCAAAUGAAGGCUUUCGUCAACUUUGUGGCGGGCAAACGAAACUGCCAGGGACAGUCCCUGGCCAUGGCAGAAACAACCGAAGUUUUGGCCCGGCUGUGUCGGGACUACAAAUUUGACAUUGUAGAGGCGGGGCAGGCGGAAAACAUUGUUUUGUUCAAGCCUGUUGGAACGGUAUUAAGGGCCACAAAGGUGGUGGUUUGA